ACAUUACAUUUGAAAUAUUAUUCAAAAAAAUUAGAAUAUAGAUUGUUUCAUCCAUUCAUCAGUCUGGGUUUGAAUUUAUUGAAUGAACAUUAUUGAUAUAUGAUCAGAUGAUCACAGAUAUUGUAAACAUACAUUCAUCACUAAUGACGGCAGUUGACUUUGUCAAUAAAAUUGGCGCCCAAAACAAUUACUUUAAUUAUCCUGCAAAAUUCUAUUUUUUCAUCUAUCUAUUCAUUUCAUUUUUCAUCAUAUAUAUGAAUAUUUUUCAGCUAUUGUGACAAAUAAUUCAUUCUUUAUGAGAUACAUAACGUCCAGAAUUGCUCCAUGAUUAAUUAUAUUAAAUUAAAAAACUUAAAGCUUAAAACUAAACCACAUUCAUUUUAUAUAUGGACAUCAAAUUCGACCAUUCAUCAUUUAAUAUUUGAAAAAUAUGAGCCAAAUUAAUCGCCCAUCGUCGGCCAUACAAGUGGACAAUGAUAAUUCAUCGGAAAAUUGUACUCAAUCCACUUCCACUGUUUCGGAUGAUAAUAAUAAUUGUGGCAACAUUCAACAAACAUCAACGGCCAAUGUUGUUCUGCAGAUAACUCAGCAACAACCACAAUCGAUUCGUACAUCAGCAAGUAAUGGCAUCCAUCGAACAAUUGUAUCAUCAUCCUCAUCUCCAACAACAAUUCAUCGAAAUCAACCACAAUCCCGGAUACAAUAUCUUGAAAUACCGGCAGAAAAUUUUCGAAUUACAACUACUGGAUCUCACUUGCAAUCUAUUGGUGAUUCUACAACAACAACCACAACUAUUGGUGGUUCAAAUAUACAACAAAAAUUUAUUAAAAUUAAUCCAGGUUAUCGAAUCGUAAAACAACAUCAAUUGGCUGUAUCCUCAUCGACAUCAUCAUCAUCGUCGAUGCCGACAACGGUGAAUCUUAUACCAGUAUCAACUAUAACAACAUCUGCAUCUGCUGUUCAUCUUAACCAACCAUUCGAAUUGUCGUCAUUGAUUUCAUCAGCAUCGAAACAAUUGUCAACUUCAUCAUCAUCAACAUCGGAAACUACGAUUGCAUCCUCGACUCCAUCAUCUAUUUCCGUAGCCAUAUCAUCUGCAGGAUCGACUACUUCAUCUUCAUCAACAUUGACCGGGUCUAUCUCAAAUAAUACAACUACACGUUUGAUAUCUCGAUUGCCAAUUGCUGAUGAAGGUAUUGGUGUUUGUAAACGAUGUCGCCAUGUAGCUUUGAGAGAUACUUUUUAUGGAAAGGGUAAACAAUACUGUUCGCCACAAUGUGUUCGUGGUAUACCACAAGUUAUCUCGGGAAAUCAUCAUCCUCAUCAACCGAAAACAACAUUGAAAAUUAUCAAAAUGUUGUCCACAGCGACUACCGCAACUACAAAUUCAUCAUCAGGUAUUGGUAUUGUUGAUGGUUCUGAACAACAGCCUCAGCAAGUGGUCAUGUUAGGGACACCCAUUUCCGCUAGUUCUUCUGGUACUCAGAAUCUUAAAGGCUUAACAUCGAUCCAAAUUCCAACACAACAAUCAUCGUCCGACUCGAACAAAUCUCCGAUCAUUGCUGUUACCAGUACUGUAAACGAACAAGAUACAUCAUCAUCUACUCCUUCUUCAAACAUGAAACCUCGAACUCUGUUUAUACGUCAAGGGACACAAUUAAGUCAGAUGAAUCGAAGCGGUCAUCCUACGUUGAUCAAUCAACAUAAAUACGUUACUACACAGCAGCAACAAAAUUCAAUUCAAAUCGAUCCAUCCAAUAUUUCUAUUGCGACUAAUCCUUCGUCGACAUUAAUCCAACACCAACAACAAGGUUCUAGUGGUAUACCUACAUCCACAAAAAGUGUAAAACGAAACUAUUCAAAAAUCGUGACCGUUUCAUCAUCUGGCCAACAAACAACUCAAACUACGACAACUGGUGGACAAAUUCAAUUACCAUCCAAUGGAACAUUAUUAGCCGUUCAAUUAAAUCCGAAUUUUACGAGUUCAAAUAGCCAAUCACAAACAACACAAGUAUUGCAAGUUCCACAUCAGCCGAUGGCCAAAAGAAUCAAACGAAAUAGCGGCCAACAACAACAUUCCCAGCAACAAAAUGGCCAACAAUUACAAUCUAUUAAUUCGACAACUAAACGAUCUCGCUCAAAAUCGAGUUCAUCCACAAUCCUAUCUACAUCAACCGCAACUACACAAUCGUUUCUAUCAAUGGAUAGCUCCAAUUCGUCGAUCAUAUCACAAAGUACGCUUGAUAGCUCUGAUUCAUCGCCAAUGAUUGCAACUACACCUACUUCUACAUCGUUAAUUACAGCAGAACAAACCCAGAAUAAAUCUACACCCUCAUCAUUAAUUACCACAUCUAUUUCCUCGACAUCAUCAAACAGUAUUCUUAUAAAUCAGCUAAAAAAACCAGUAGUGUUGGUUCAUAAUGGUUCAUGUGUAUCAAAUAACCCUAGUGCUACUACACAAUCUCCAGCAUUAGCAUCCACUUCUACCCAAUCGAUACAGACCAAUUCAUCCGGUCAAUUAUUUGUACAAUUGGCAUCGAUUUCAAGCAGUGGCUUAUCAUCGAAUUCGUCUGCCACAUCACCCAUCCAAAUACAAUCUCAAUUACGCACUGCAACGACAUUACCAACAACUAUAUCGAACCAACAGCUGCAACAAUUUCUACAACAAAAUAAUCUUCGAAUCCAACAUCAACAAGUUGCCGGUCUUCAUCCAGGUUCCACGACUCAAUUCAUACCGAUUCGAAAUGCUACAGCAACUGCUGCUCUGGCAGCUGUUAAUCAAAAUAAUAGUAGUCAACCGCAGCAGCAACAUCAACAACAGCCUUUAGGACAAUCAUCUGAUCUUUCCCGUGGCUCUGCCAAUUUGAUUCAGCUUCAGACACCCAGCCAAAUUCAAGUUCAAAAUACUCAGAAUAAUUCUUCGGCUGCUUCCACAGUAUUGCAAUCGAAUAAUCUGGGUAAUUUAGCUUCCAACAAUAUUCCAAAACAAACUUCCACUCUAGAGAUUCGAACUGAGCCGGCUUCUACUUCCACUCGUCCGAUUCCACCAGUCCAACUUCAGCCACAACAAAAACAGAAUUCACAACAAAUAAACAAUGUGAUACCAAUCCUUUCAAGGCAUUCAAUAGCUUCAUCAACAACUAAUCAACAGGUUCCAAAGUCAAAUUCAGCGCUUACUCUUCCUCCAGCGCCGCCACCAGAAUCCAAGCCUGUCAGUCGAUUAGAACAAAUUAAAGCGUUGGAUGAAGCAAUUGAAUCGACAAUGCAAUCAUUGCCUGCACACCUAUUUCAGCGGCAAUCAGGAAUAGGAAAUCAGAAUAUCAUUGUAACGAAUUAUGUACACACAACUUUGAAUUCCACAUCUCAAUCAAAUCAUCUUCCUACACAACAUCAAUCAUUACAUCAACAAAAUACUCAUUAUCCACCAAUAUGGUGGUUAAUUUUUGAAAAAUACGGUUUCGACCGUUGUGUGCCUGUAUGGGCAUUUCCUAACACACCAUUAAAUCAUGAAUGGGCACAAAUGUUCGGUUUUUCGUACCCAUCAUGUGGUGGUGAGCAACAACCUAAAGACAUUUAUGUUGAACUUGGAUUAUCUGAUCUUGAUUUGAAUGGCAAUCAACCACAGUCGAAUGGUUUGAUAAGUGGAUUGAAUCAAACGCCAGGUACGCCACCGAAUAAAUCCAAAUCAAACAAUAAUAAAACAUCGACGUUCGAUUUUGCUACACCACAAUUGAACAAUAACAACAACACAACUAUGGAUGAAAAUAAAUUUUGGAUAGCCAAGAUUGUUGGCCAUUCAGGUUAUUAUCUUCGACUGCGAUUCUUAGGCCUGGAACAUUUGUCGACUACUAAACAUGAUUUUUGGGUAAAUAUUCGGAUUCGUAAUCUUUACCCGAUUGGUUAUGCUCAGCAAAAUAAUUACGAAUAUCGCGCUCCGUUUGAUGUUUGUGAUUUGAAUUCAAAUUAUGCUACCGAUGUACGGCGAUUUUUUUCAUCAACCAAUAAUGCUUCAAUCGAAUCGGAUUUAUACACAUGUUUUUUGCAAAGAAUUGAGACUAAACUGAAACCGGGACUAAAAGUUGAAGCAAUUGAUAAAACACGUUUAUGUUGUUUUCGUGUGGCCACCAUUCAACAGGUGAUAGGACAACGAUGUUUCCUUCGAUAUGAUGGAGAGGCGCCUAAUGAUUAUAAUCCCGGCUGGUGGACCCACAUACAUUCAGAACAGAUUCGUCCAGUUGGUUGGUCCCAAUUGGUUGGCCAUAAAUUAUUUUCUUCUCAAGAUUAUGCAACCAAAAGUUUACGGCUUGGCAUUCGGAAUAUUUGUCAUAAUAUCGAAUCAAAUCAAAAUCUUCAAGAUUGGAACAAACUGGGUGUCUUGAAAAAAUUCGAAUACAUCAAUGAAGAAACAAUGUUUCGAGAAGGGAUGAAAUUGGAAGCUGUUAAUCCGAUGGAUCUCUCACAGAUAUGCGUAUCAACUGUUAGAAAAGUUUUGCGAUAUAAUUUUUUAGUUCUUUCCAUAGAUGAAGCGAAUCACGACGCUCAUUCAUCUUUACAUCGAUUGCAAACAUCUCCUGUUCGGUCCGCAUCACCAACUGUUUUAUUUGGAACGCAAUCACUGGCAUCAACAUCUUUAGAACUAGAAGAUAAAAUGUUUUGCAUACAUGCAUCAUCGCCUUAUAUUCUACCGGCAGGUUUCUGUAAGAUGUUCAAUAUUUCUUUACAAACACCAACAGGCUAUAAGCGAGAUUUCGAUUGGGUGGAAUAUUGUCAACAUACCAAUUCGUUGAUGGCACCAACAGAUUUAUUCAGCUAUAAACAGUUCAUCACUGAUGAUUUAGAAAACGAUCUGCAUACUAUCUGUCCAUCUCAAUCAUUCGAAGAGGGUAUGCUUCUGGAAGCUGUCGAUAUGCUCGAACCGAAUCUGAUUUGUUUGGCUGUCAUUAAACGUCGCUGUGGUCGCCUUUUGUUGCUACAUUUUAUCGGUUGGGCUGAUAACUUUGAUCAAUGGUGUGAUUGCUGUUCUCCAAACAUAUUUCCUGUUGGAUAUUGUGAUCUGGUCGAAUAUCCGCUGCAAGGUCCACCAUCACAGCAAAACAGUACCAAUGGAGGUGGGAGUAAGAAAAAACGCCAGAAUAAUCAAGCAUAUAAUGGUAACUUCAAUAAUCGUAGAAGAAACUCUAAAAAAUCUCUGAUGACGACAUCGCCUUUACAAUCACCGUUAUCAAAAUAUUCACAUCGACAACCGUCUUUAGAAUCAAUUGUCAAUGAUAAUUCGAUUCAAUCAUCAUCAUAUGAUUCUGUAACAAAAAAUGUUAAAGAUGAUUGCAAAGUAUUUGUCAAUGAAGAUUUUGAUGAAUCAUCAUUGAAUCGUAAUGCAAAUCUUAUUUCAUCCUCAUCCAAUUUAUCUGAUUUUGAAGAUUCUGUCAAUGAGGAAGAAACUGACAUAUGGACACAGAUUGCCGACCGUCAACGUUCAGAAUUAUGUAAUUUUCUUUCAUGGACUGAAGAAAUCACAAAUGGUGGUCGUUUUGAUUAUCACAAUAAAUUUACAAUUCCAUUGCUUACUGAUUUGAGUGAUUCACUUGGUUCACAUUUUCGUUUCAAAGACCCAUUGUUAAAACAAAAACUUUUGCGGAUGAAAUUAGAAAAUGAUCGGUAUAGUCUUGAUAUUCAAUGGAAUUCUACUGAAUCACACAAUCAAUUAUACUAUAAUGAAGAUGGCGAUGAUUCAAAGCGUGUUCAAGUGUUUGAUUCCUAUCAUUAUUUCGACCCUGAGGAUGUUUAUAAUGGGCCGGAUGGAACACAAGAUUUACGAAUGUUACCACAUUGGUCACCGAAACAAGUCAGUAAAUUUUUAUAUAGAAAUGGAUUUGCUGAUCUUUGUGAUUCCAUAUUAGUCCAUAGAAUUGAUGGCAAAAAGUUAUUAUCAUUGAGCAAGUUUCAAUCACUACAAUUGGCAUUAACAUCUUCGGUUACUAAUCGAUUGCUUGCAUUCAUCGAUUGCAUACGUAAAAGAUUGAUGGCUAUUCACCAUCAAUAUGGUAGUCCUAAUCAACAUGCUAAUUCCACAUCAUCGACAACAGCAAUUACCGCAUCAUCAAGUUCUUAUUAUCGUUGAACUUGUAAGAAAUGAUCGAUAUGAGAACUAUCCAUUACAAAAUGUGUUCAUUUCAUUUUCAUUCAUUUUUGAAUUUUUCAUCCCAUUUUUUAUUUUAUUUUGUAAAAACUAUUUUCUUGAUAUAUAGGUGUACCAUAAAUUUCAAAAAAAAUCAUGUUUCAUCAUCAUUUAUGGAAUAUCAUGUUUUUGCAUAUAUUUCCUUUGUAAAUUUUAUAAAUCUGGGCAUAAAUAAAAGAAUGUGUC